CCUCACUUAUUUUGCACAUUAAGCUGUCCCCACUACCUGCUCGGUGCUGGGCCUCAGACAAAGAUCUGGAGAGCACUGCUGAACCUCCCUGGGGCAGCAAGAGCCUCCCACAAGCCAUGGCAGUGCCGCAGGGCUGGCAGACAGGGCUCUGACUCUCACCUCCACGCUGAGCAGGGCUGCUGGGCUCAGGCUCACAGCUGCUCCAGCCCUCAAACCGAGGAUCUGCUCUGCCCCAAGCCCUACCUGACCCCCUCCUCCAUCGAGCAUCCCUUGGCUGCUGUCCCAGGCUCAGAAGAUGGAUGCUCCAGUGCUGAGCUGGCUGGUGAAUCGCUCCCUCCUCCUUCCCCUGGGCUCUGCUCAACAUCCCGAGCUCAGACUCGACCUGCUGGGCACAAAAGCCUCCUGCCUGCAGCUGGCUGCCACGAGGAACGUGAACAUCAUCCUGCAGCACUACAACUUCUCAGGCAAGCUCACCAACAGGCAGUCUGGGGACGAGGGCAUGGGGCUCGUCCGCACCGCCUUCGCCAUCAUCAGCUGCGCCAUCAUCCUGGAGAACCUGCUGGUGCUGCUGGCCGUGCUGCGCUGCCUGCGCGCCCGGCGCUGGGUCUACUCCUGCAUCGCCAGCAUCACCGUCAGCGACCUGCUGGCAGGGAUCGCCUACCUCUGCAACCUCUGCCUCUCGGGCAGCAAGACCUUCCAGCUGUCCCCUCCGCUCUGGUUCCUGCGGGAGGGCAUCCUCUUCAUCGCCCUGGCUGCCUCCACCUUCAGCCUGCUGGUGACGGCCAUCGAGCGCUACGGCGCCAUGGUGAGGCCGAUCGCUGAGAACGAGGCCAGCAAGACCCUGCGCCUGCGGGGCCUCAUCGUGUCCUGCUGGCUGCUGGCCCUCGUCAUCGGGCUGCUCCCGCUGCUGGGCUGGAACUGCCUCUGUGAUUUCCAGGCCUGCUCCGUGCUCCUGCCUCUCUACUCCAAGAACUACAUCCUCUUCUCCGUAGUCAUGUUCAGCAUCAUCCUCCUGGGCAUCAUCGGCCUCUACAUCUCCAUCUUCCAUCUGGUGCAGGCCAGUUCCAGGCAAAGCAGCUCCCGGCACGGCCGCAAGCGCUCCCUGCGCCUGCUGAAGACGGUGCUGAUGAUCCUGGGGGCCUUCAUCCUCUGCUGGAGUCCCCUCUUUGUGCUGCUGCUCUCUGAUGUCUUUUGUGACACCGGGGCCUGCAGCCACCUGCACGGCCUGGACUGGACCCUGGCUCUGGCCCUGCUGAACUCGGGAGUCAAUCCCAUCAUUUAUUCCCUGCGGAGCGUGGAGGUUCGCCGUGCCGUGGGGAGCCUGCUGUGCUGCUGCUGUGUCAGGGCUGGGCUCUGUGAGCCUGGCAGCUGCCUGGUCAUCUCAGACAUCAAUUCUGGCUCCUCCACCGAGAGUUCCCUGCGCUACCGGGACAGCUUCCGCAGCUCCGUGGCCUGGAACGCUCGGCCCAGGGCGCCUCUCUCCAGCAACUCCAGCAUGAUGAGCAAUCUCCCCAGCCUGUGAGGGGCCACGGGGAGAGCAAGAGAUGCCAGACAGCCCCCAGGGCCUCAUGGUGCUGGUCCUGGCCUGGCAGGACUGUAGCAGUGCAGGCUGACCAGCUGUGAGCUGGGGCCAGGCUUUCCAGUCCCAUCAGACUGGGACGGUGCCUCAGUGUGGCUGCAGCACAGGGAUAGGAAUUGCCUCUAGGCUGGGGGUGAAAGAUACAGGCACAUUUUGGGAUUGAUGCUCUGCUGGGAUAGCUGCAGUGCUCAGGUUCUGUGUGUGUGCUUUGGGUGUGCAGAGGUGCUGUACCUGCCGCCCUGAGGGUGUUUUACUCCAGGGCACAGUGGCAAAUAAGGUGGAUUUCCCCAACCAGGUGGCCCUCCCAAGCCUUUGGAAUCCUUUUGGAGCUUCUGUGAUGGGUACAACUGCUGAGAAGGAAUCCAAGCUUGAUGUCUUGCUCAGCCUGAGGAUGGCAGAGGGCUGCAGCCACAACCAGACCCUUCCCAGGGUGCAGAGGUUGGGCAAAUUUGCCAGGGCAAAUGCUAUGACAGCAGUGCUCGGAGCUGUAGUGACAGGGCUGGCACUAGCACGGGCAGAAGGAGGUGUCCAGAGACACUGGGGAGCCUGGUGUCAUCCUGGGCCUGGAGACACAGCCAGCUUGUGCCUCAGAUCCCUGCUCUUCUGUUCCCUCAUGUAGGGAAUAAUCAGAGCAGCACCCAAAUGCCUCCUCUCACCGUGCCAGAGGCCACCAAAGCACUGGGGACUCAUAUAAAACCUGCUGGCCCAGCCCCUCUAUGGGAGCUGAGUGUGCAGCCCAUUUGUUUUGCAAUAAAUCAAAGUGAUCAGAAAGCCUUGGG